GGUUUUAGAGCAGACCGGAGGACCGGCGAGCCCUGCCUUAAGCAUCCUUCGCCUUCUCCCCGCCUUCCCUUCCGACCCCCGGCUCUUUCCCUGGGGUCCUCCUGUGCUGGGGACAGGGAGUGACAGUUCCACGACAGGUUCCUGGGGUCGCUCUCACGCCCCCGGCCUCUCGCCCCUCGGUCCUGCUCUCCGCAGCCUCCUCCCGGCACCGACCUUCUCUUGGCGCUGCCGCUGCCCUUCUUCCCUCAUCAGCGCUCCUAAUCCUCCCUCUUUCCAUUCAAAUACUACUUGGGAAUUGAUUAAAUGUUUUUAAGGGAAUAGGGGAAAUCGGACAUCUGAGGAGCAGAGGGACUCAGAGUGGUCUCAAGGAAUUCAUUAGCCAUGGAUGUGCUCAUGAAAGGACUUUCAAAGGCCAAGGAGGGGGUUGUGGCUGCUGCUGAGAAAACCAAGCAGGGUGUGGCAGAAGCAGCAGGAAAGACAAAAGAAGGUGUUCUCUACGUAGGCUCCAAAACCAAGGAAGGAGUGGUUCACGGUGUGACAACAGUGGCUGAGAAGACCAAAGAGCAAGUGACAAACGUUGGAGAGGCGGUGGUGACAGGGGUGACAGCAGUUGCACAGAAGACAGUGGAGGGAGCAGGGAACAUUGCAGCCGCAACUGGCUUUGGGAAGAAGGACCAGUUGGGCAAGAGUGAAGAAGGAGCUCCACAGGAAGGAAUUCUGGAAGAUAUGCCCGGGGAUCCUGACAAUGAGACUUAUGAAAUGCCUUCUGAGGAAGGGUAUCAAGACUAUGAACCUGAAGCCUAAGAAAGAUCUUCGCUCCCAGUUUCUCGAGGUCUGCUGACAGAUGUUCCAUCCUGUACAAGUGCUCAGUUCCAACCUGCCCAGUCAUUUUCCCAAAGUUUUUACAGUGUCUUUUGAAGUCUUCCAUCAGCAGUGGUCGAAGCGCCUGCACCUGACCCCACUGAGCAUUCAUUCCGGUGCUUCCCUCUCACUGACGUGAAUAUACGGUAGCAGGUCCUUGUGUGCCGUGUGCGUACUGUGGCUUCAAGUAUAAAAUGUUAAAGCAGACUAAUAACACCUAAGUGACUACCACUUAUUCCCAAAUCCUCACUAUUUUUUGUUGCUCUUGUUGACAAGUUGUGACUUACUAUCAUAUAUUAAAAGAUUAUAAGAUUUU